AUGGAAAAGCCACAUCUCCUCGUUGCUUAUAUCUGGGUUAUGUACUCGGCUAUUCUCUUCGGCGGACGCGAAAUUCGCGCUCAGCUGUUGAAAGCCGGGCCCGAAUUCUGGGGCUUGUCGGUGAAAGACUUUGCCUCUGAGCGAAUACCAUCUCCUUUAUCAUUCUGGAAUAUAGAUGAUAAUAUGGCCGUGCGAGCCAAACUCCGCGAUCGCAUACUUAAUGCCGAACGUUUAUUGACAUCCCAGGAGAGACAAGAUGUUCUGGAAGAGUCAAAAGAAAUAUUUCGCAAGUUUGAGUUACUAACGAUUAGUCUAGAUGAAGAUACGAACAAUUUUAAUGUCUAA